AUGGAAGAAAUUUUCACACAAUUACAAAUUAGGGGAUACAAUAACAUUGAAAAUCUCAUCAAAUGGAUGGCCAAAGCGCAUGUAAUAGAUCCAUCAAAGAGGGACACUGAGAAAUGGCUCGUCGACCACUUCAGAGAUGUUCCUAAUACGAAAAAUAUAUCGCUAGAUAAAUUUAAAGAAAUAGUCAAUAUUUUUGCUGAAGAACAAAAUAAAUCCUUGGAAGAAAUGUCGGCCAGGCUUGUAGACUCCAGCCCUGGUAUCUACGUAGCUGCGCCUGGAUCAGAGAAACUCGCAAUAUUCUCCCGUGUCACCGUCUGCAGCGAUAUGAGCACUGUCACUGACUACAGCCUACUUAUGAACCAAGAUAGCAGUAAUGGCGAGGUCGCCGAGAGUGUCAACAGCCGUAAUGGCGAGGUGCCCGUCUGUAGCCAAGGUGCGGUAGCCGACAGUAGCCAGGGUGAAGUCACCGCUGGUAGCCAAGGCGAUGUUACCGACUGUAAUAUUCAGAUAGUUACCGGUAGCCAGGGCGACACCUCUGACUCUGAUACCAGUUCAUAUGAUACCACUUCUCAGUCUAAUAAAUCGGACGAAACUUGA